ACCAUUUGCUCUUACAAGGUCGUACCUCUCUUAUCCUCAUUCCUAGAGUCGAGGCUGCAUGUGGAUAUCAAUGUGACACGGCGAGGGUUGGCUCCUCUUUACUUAGUAUCGGGAAUACCAUGAAGGCAGCAUUCCUCGGAAGCGGCUGCUUAACAACCUAGAAUUCUUGCUUCUAGCCCUCACUAUUCUCUCACCUAUCUCUCACCUAGGGCAUGUAGGCUGUAUGAGGUUUCACGUGAUUCUAAAUCCAAGCCUCCAGCUACCACAGCCUCAGCCUCAUCCCGCGAAUCACUCUUCGAAUCUUCAUUCCUUCCCGUCAUGUAUUCGGCUUCUCUCGACAGUUACACGAGCCAAUCACCAAUACUGCGAUAGAUUGAUACCCUUACAAAAACACGCGUGAUGGCAGCAUGAGUCCAUCGCUGCUGCCCGACUUGGUAAAGGACUCACAGCUCCUGGUAGCCUUCCGAGGAGAUACGACUGUGCACCGGUUCACCAGCACAGACUUGAGUGGACGACGUGUCAAAUAUGAGGAGGAAUGGAAAAUCGACAAGCACUUAGGCCACGGCUCCUAUGGGAGAGUCUGGAAAGAAUCAUGUGUUUCCAACCACUCGGAUGUCCCCAAGGCCCGCGCGGUGAAGAUGAUUUUAAAGCCACAAUGUCCUUCAAAACGGCUCGACUAUAACCGUGAACUGGAGGCCAUUGCUAAGUUUUCUCAUCCCAAGUACGAGUCGUGUUUCGUCAAGUCAUUCGGUUGGUAUGAGAGCCGCGAGGCUAUCUUUAUCGCCAUGGAAUUUAUGAGCUACGGAGAUCUUCAGAAGUACAUGCCAGAGACCGGCGAGUCAUUUUCUACUCAGGAUACUCAAGACACGAUAUCACAAAUCCUCGAAGGCCUUUUCUACAUGCACGAAAACGGAUUUGCUCAUCGAGAUCUAAAACCUGCGAACAUUCUCGUCAAAUCAAAACCGCCAGACAAUGAGAAGUGGUGGGUCAAGAUUGGAGACUUCGGAAUUAGCAAGCGGGCGGAGGAUGGAAACGGGCCAUCGACAGUCAAGGGAACCUUUGGUUUCAUGGCUCCAGAGGUACUUCUCGCUGCGAGCUCUACUGGCCGUGCGAAGGGAUCGUUCGAUGCACAGCCUACGGAUUUGUGGGCUCUUGGAGAAAUUGCCUUUCGGAUGCUGUGUGGAGCCCCUACAUUCAAGGACAUCCUUAGCAUGUUGCGCUGGAUGGAGAAUCCAACUUCUAGUUUUCUUGAUCAAUUACAGCCCCUCGUCGCGAGUGAGGUGGUUAACUUCAUCCAAGGUCUGCUAAAGGCAGAUCCGACCAAACGUUUGUCGGCGAAGAGAGCCAUGAAGCAUGUGUGGAUGAGCCCUAGCAGCACAUUAUUAGAACCAGAAUCUCUUCCUUUGCCCUCAACAGCCGAACAGGGUUGGCCUCAGUAUCCACAACAAAAGGAAACUUUCAAAUUUUGUGAGGCUUCAGCGAAAUGGAGCACUCUGAAUCCCCCAACUACCAUCCAAGCAGAUACCUCGCAGGAGAAAACGCUCCACCCAGGCCCUUUAUCCCAGUCAGAGCUUUCCGCACCUCCUGCAGAAGAUUCAAAUUCCACAACCAAGCCCAGGACGCCCGAAUUCCCCAUAGGGCCAACCACGCCGAAAUUGUCACAAGACUGGCUGCCUGCACUCCAAUGUUCGCCGAGGUCCUCUCCCAUCAUCAAAUCCAAGGAUGGUAGAUUGAACGACUUGCGAGAUCUGAUGGCGAACUGGAACCUUCCCAGAUACUUGCCAAGAAAGAAAAAAACGACCGCCACCACCCUCGAAGUAUACCAAGACAGUAAGGAACGUGGCUUACCUAAUCUAACGGGGAAAGGAGGUGAAGCUGCGGAGAUUAUCUCUAUAUGCCCCAAGUGCAAGACAAGACAGAUGGUAUCUGUGGCACCUCAGGCGGCUGAAGUUGAAUGCAGUGGAUGCAAUUUCCGGUAUUGGAUAUCGCCUCAAGGAUUUGUUACUUCCAAAGUACUUCCAAAGUCCACUAUCAAUCUCUCUCGCACCGUUAAAGACGAACACUAUGAUAGUCCGCACUCCUCAGAUUUUAAACAGGAUCCUUCCCCACUACCUGUACCACCCAUUGUUCGUCGAUCCAAGAAGCCUUCCGUACCCAACGCUCGCCGAGACCAAGAAGAAGCAGAUUCGGAUGCCAGCUCGUCGGACUCUACCCGCGCUAUGCUUUCAUCGGUUCGUAAACUAGAACAGUCGGACGCCGAUGAACAUGGUUCGUUAUAUGACGAGUUGCAUUCCGGCGAGCCAAAUAGACCCAGUACGCUACUAGAAGGCCCUACUCAAGGCAAAAUACGGGUGGCGCGCAAGUGGGGUAUUCCGGAUGGGCCCUCGAUCGGACUCUGGGAUCCAGAGGAAAGACCAUUUACCGUUCUUGAAGGAACGUUGGAUUCAGGUUCGAUGGGAAAGUGGAUAUAUGACUGGACUUUAUAUCACCACGGUCCUAACACUCCUCUGGCUGCCAUGGCUGGAAAGCUCUGGAUCAGCUUAACCAAGUUAGCAUAUAUGAUGGAAGUAGGAGAGGAUUGGAUGUUUCGCCUCAGAACGGCGAAGGAUCACGACCGCACCCAAGCUAUUCCAUCACAGGCCAACCAGGAUGUGAUUGGGAAGUUUCUUGCGUCCGGGCAGAAGUUGUGGAUUAGGCUCGCUAAGUUGCUGGAUGCCUGCGAGGAGUACAUGUGGCUGGCCCCUAAGGAGGUAAAUCAUGGCACACUUUGGUCAGAUAUAGGGAAGAAGCCGGGUUGCGAUUUCGUCGAUGCCCUAUUCAGUCGAGACCACAAAUUAGAAAAGACGGAAGAGCUAAUGAUGGAUAUGCAUAUUUGGUCCAUGCGAUUCGACAGCCGAUGUGGGGAUAUCCUGCGACAAAUGGAAAGCGCCGAAACGAGACGGCGUGCGCAGAAAAUAUUGGACUACGAAGAUGAUGUCAUAGCUUAUAUGGAGGAGCGCAAGACUAACAAUGUCAAAGCAAGCAAGAGGAUAUGACGUGGAAAUCGCCCCAAAAAAGUUUUCAAUAUUCCGCCCGAUCUUUCAAAGGUCUAA